AUGUUCGGCGAUUUUCCAACCAAGAACAAGAUUGUAGUUGUUACAGGAGGAGGGUCAGGCAUUGGCCUCGCAUACGUGCAACUGGCAGCGAAACGAGAUGCCAAGGCAGUCAUCAUCGCCGAUCUUCGGCUUACCGGUGAAGCAAAAGCUCUGACUGAAGCUUCAAGCAAAGUUAUCUUUGAGAGAUGCGAUGUCACGAAAUGGAAAGAUCUCCAAAAUCUGAUCGACGUCAGCCUGGCCAGGUUCCGAGAUGUGCCAGACAUCUACGCUGCCUCAGCUGGAGUGUUUGAACCACCUUACUCCAACUUCUGGGAUGAUCCUGAAGGGUUGGAUGCCGAUAGAUAUAAGCAUAUUGACAUCAAUGUCAACCACCCAAUCAAACUCACUCGUCUUGCUAUCCGCGCUCUUUUGGGGAGAGACAAGAAAGGAGUCGUGUUAGUAGUUGCAUCAAUUGCAGGCUAUAGUAAACAGUACGCUGGCCCUAUCUACGGCGCUUCCAAGCAUGCUGUGGUCGGGUUUGUCCGCAGUCUUGGAGAUGCCGAGAGCUUGCAAGGCACAAAAGUUGUGGCAGUCUGUCCAGGAAUCGUUAAAACGCCAAUCUGGACUACUGGAACGCCUGGCUCAGGAGAGAGAUUCCAAAUAAAGGACGAAAUCAGUAUUACUGCAGAGACUGUAGCAGAGGCCAUGCAGGAAGUCAUCGAGUCAGGUAAAUACCCUGGUGGGACCAUUUUUGAGGUCUCAAAGCUGGGAACGAGGACGAUCCCAGAAUGGAACAUCGAUCCACCGGGGAUGGUCGACGGCAAGAUGGCUCGGGGAACCGAGGCACCAGCGGAUGCUAUUCAGCAAGCACUGGCACCUAUCCUGUCGGUGACAGAGAAGGAACGAGGUGCACUGAAGCGUUAG